AUGAAGCCAGUGCUGAUCAGAUUCACUCUACAGAGAGAUCCUACAGCUGCAGCUAUGGCUCCAACAAUCACCACUACAGCAGACCACCCAAAGGACUACAUGAGUCUUUCCCACAAGCUGAGAAAACCAAUUGUGGAGAAGCUGCGCAGAGAUCGCAUCAACAACUGCAUUGAGGAACUGAAGGCUCUCCUGGGUCCACAGCUCCUGAACCAGCAGCCCGAGACCAAGCUGGAGAAAGCCGACAUCCUGGAGAUGACCGUUUGCCUGCUGAAACACACUCCCAUGGAGCUGUGCUGAAUCACUUGC